AAAGAAAAGAAGCAAAAUAUUAUGAGACUGCUCGAUAUAAAGGCUUAAUAAAUCAAUUUCUAUUCAAUCCAGUUGGUAACACCGUAUAAACUGAGCGGCUGUCGUCUCGAAACUGGUUUUUAAUGGUUGUGAUUCCAUUGCCUGCUCGACGACUUGUAUAACGUACUGCGCAUUACAGAGCACCUUGCCGUGGAUACAUCAGGAAUUCAUUGCAUCCAGUUUUUGGGCAGCAACAGGUAGACGAUAUUCUCAUAGCAGACAAGGCAUACAUUAUUAGUUUUUCAUCAUCGCCAUCGCGUUUGGUAGGUACAUAUAAUAUAUAUAUAGGUAAUAUAGUACCCGAAACAACACUACAUUAUAGAGAUUUAAAUAAUGUGUCCUAUCAAUGGGAAUAUUGAUGUCGCCACUGAAACGACGGACUCGCUGGUAUUUAAACCAUUGGCUGGAGUGAUAUACAUCUGCGUAUGUAGCUACCUGUUAUGGGCUGCGACAACUGCCGGGCAGCGGCUUAAUGCAACGGGUUACGGGCGAGAGAAAAGAGCCGAUGUGAAAACGUCGCAGUCCAAAUCAAAAAAAUCAACAUCCACCACAGUCCGAAUGAAAGACAACAAAAUCAAAAAUACGAGCACAGCACAACUACAGAUUUGUAACGGUAGUGGGCCCAAAUCUGACACAAUUAUUUAUAAUAUUAAGAGGUCAUCAAACCAGAAAAUGGAGAAUCGAAGACAAGAGGAAGAUUUCAUUAUUGUUGUAUCCAAACGUGAACGCCGACGUCUACAACAGCUAAAGAUGCAAAAACAAGAGAAGCAACAAGAACAAAAAAAACAAGAGGAACAACUACAGCAACAAAAACAAGAUAAGCAACAACAAAAAUUACAGAAGUUAGAGAAACAACAAAAAAAACAACAAAAUAAGCAGCAACAAAAACCACAGGGGCUAGAAAGGCAACAAGAACAAAAAAAACAAGAGGAGCGAAAAAAAAUAGAAAAACCACAACAAAAACCAAAAAAUCAACAACAGUUAAAAAAGAAACAACCUCAAGAAAAACAACAGAAACAUGAUAAUCCAUUGCAGCAAGAAAUCAUUACACCUACUAAUAAUAACAUUACUGCAACAUUGACUAAAUUGCCUAAGACAUCAGUUCUACUCAAUGAACAACCAACAUUUCAGAGUUUCCAAUUGAAUGAUAAAAAGUCUGAAGUCAACAUAACUAAAGAACUUUUGUGCAUUAAGAACGAAUCUUCGAUUAAAUCAUUCCUAGCUGAUUGCGACAAAGAAUUGAAUGCUGAACGUGAUGUCCAACUGGAUGAAAUGCAGAACCUCGAGAACCUGACUACGUCUGAAGAUGCGCAAGGGUUUAACGACCACGUUGAAGCGUCACGCAUUAAAAACCAUUGUUCAACUACAGAUUUUGACAAAAAUAACAAGAAGCUGGAGCUCUUAGAAAUCGAGAACGCGACCAAGGAUAAUGAAUACCUUGAUAAUGAUAUACACGAGAACGAAAAUCGUUGCAAGGAGCAUGACACGAUAAUCAAGGACCUACGCGAAGAAAAUGAAAACAUGCGUGCGCAAUACGAGUUAUUAAUGAAGAAUAAUUGGUCUGAUAGUGAAUUUAAAAUCGUGUUGGAAGGUGUACGAGCAGAAAUUGAAAUGAAUAGGUUGGAUGAAAUUAAAAAGUUAGUAGAUGAUCAUCAGGUGAUGUUGGAAGAAUUAAAAACAGAGCAUGAUGCAGAAGUUAACGGUUUGCAUAUUUACUAUCAAUCUAUUCUAAAUAAUAUACAAAUGAAUCAUGAUAUAGUGGUCGGGGCUAUACAUAUGAAGCACGAGAAAAUAAUUAAGAAUUUGAGAACUAUCAAUUAUGAUCAGAGCCAACGAUAUGAAACUGCGAUGCAAAGUAUGCGUCAAGUUAAAAAAAAAAUGAGUAAAGAACACCAAACUGAAGUACGUGCUUUACGUGAAAAAUAUGAAAGUACGGUUAAAGAUCACGAGAUUGCAAUGAGCUAUCUAAUAAAGGAAAAAGAACUUCUUCGUGCUGAACAUGAAAAAGUAGUUCAAGAGAUGAGUGAAAAAAAUGAGGAUCAACAUCAUACUACCAUAAAAACAAUAACUAAUGGUCACGACGAUAAGGAUGUCGACACCAGAACAACCACAAUCGCCGAUGACGGUGCUGUAGAUGUAUUUAAGACCGAAAACUCAACGCUGAAUCACACAGUGAUAGAUUAAAAGCAAAUAUUUUAUGAUACGGAACAAAAGCUGAUUCAAUUGCAUGAGCACAAUACCAGCAAUGAUUCAGAUCGUUUUUCUCACACGGAAGAGCGGAAGACAAGCAGCAAUAAUUGGGCGAUGUUAAAAUUGACGCUCUUCAGUUGAAUAACUGCAGUUUACAAAAGAGUCAUGGCAGUAGUUAAAACGUAUAUUAGGACGAAAGUUAUGUGGCAGUAACUACGAAAUAUUUACAAAAUACUAGACAAAUGUGAUAGAGAUUAGGUAUUAAUAAUUUAGAUACUUAUUUUUUUAAAUUUAUCGCUCGUGAUAAACUGGGACAGUUAAUAAUCAUUAUAUAAAAAAAAGGUAAUAGGUAUCAUCAUAAAUCAUUACUUUUUUUAAAUAUGGUAAAUAAUAAUAUAAUAUUUAUCUUCCGUUUUACCCUGCAAUA